CCGGACGCCUUUAACGUCCACCGAGCUGUUGCACUCUCCUCGCCACCUGCCCCGGAUGCGCGCACCGGGAGGAAAGGGCAUCAUAUAUGCACACAACCAUGGCGGCACCUUCAAUACCGAACCUCCUCUCCUUGCGGGGAGGCAGUCGUGGCGGGAGGGGCGCCGGGCGAGGCGGCAGCAGGAGGCACGGCCACGCCUCUGCCGAUGCCGUCAUUCAAGACACCGACACCGAUGCCGCCGUGUCGAGGCUGAGUGCCGUCGGCCUGGGCUAUCUGGACGACCCUUACGCGGGCUUCUUCGUGUCCGGCCCGCCCACGCGGCGGCUACCCAUCAUCAACCGAGGCAUGCGCGCGCCAUCUCUGGCUGCCCCGGCCAGCCACCCCGUCUUCCCUGUCAACUAACGCAGCCGUUUCCCCAAUUCAGGCACGUACAUGCGCACACGAGCCCUGGACCAGGUCGUCGGCGCGUUCCUCGCCGAGACGCGCGGCCAAGGACCCAGGCAGAUCAUUUCACUGGGCGCAGGCACCGACACGAGGCCGUUCCGCGCCCUCGAGUGGCCCCACACCGACGACCUCAUAUACCAUGAACUCGACUUUGCCGAGACGUGCCGGCGGAAGCUGCACAUUGUGCGUUCAGCGCCGGCCAUGGCGCGACAGCUCGAGGACGUCGAGGCCGCCGAGAGCGGCUCCUGGAGCGCGCGCCCUGCCAAGGGCCCCAGCGAGUAUCACUGCCACGCGGGCGACCUGCGUGACAUGCCCGAUCGCUUCGCUGCUGCGGCCGGGGGCAUGCCCGCGUCGAUGCGCACAGACGUGCCCACGCUCGUGCUGUCCGAGUGCUGCCUCUGCUACCUCACGCAACGCGACUCGGAGCGCGUGCUGAGCGUCUUCCGCGACCGCAUGCCGCGCCUGGCCGUCGUCAUAUACGAGCCGAUGCCGCUCGACGACGCCUUCGGCCAGGUCAUGGUUUCAAAUCUACGCGCGCGCAGCAUCAGCAUGCCUAGCCUGGAGCGCUACAGGGACGUCGCCGGGCAGGAGGACCGGCUGCGUGACGCAGGGUUCCACGCCGUCGGGCACGCGACCAUCAAGGAUGCCUGGGAGCGGUGGGUCGGCGGCGACGAGCGGAGGAGGGUGGACGCGCUCGAGGGUUUAGACGAGGUGGAGGAGUGGCAGCUGUUGGCGGCGCACUAUGUCGUCGUCUGGGGGACAAAGGGAGGCACCUGGCUCGCCGGGCUUGGACAGGAGGCGCGCUAGGUAGAUGACAAAAUUAAGACGGCCACAAGACAUCUCGACGACAGCGGCUGCUGGCACGGCGAUGUCGUGUAUAUGUUGUCAUGUGAGUCCAUGGUGGCUUGCAUUUCCUACAAAGAUGAUUCGAG